AAACAAAUGGGGUUCCUAGGCUUUUUUCAUUUGUUCUUCUCAAAAAGUUCUAUUGUUUUCUGCUUUCACCAUUACUCAUAUUUUUUUAUUUUCUAAGACAGAUUUUCACUAUGAAACCCUAGCUAGACUGGAAUUGGUGAUAUGGCUCAGACCAUACCUGUCUGGCUUUCUUUUCCCUUUUUUUCUUUCUUGUUUUUUCGUAACAGGGUCACACCAUGUAGCCCUGGCUGUCCGGAACUUGCUCUGUAGACCAGGCUGGCCUCGAACUCACAAAGAGCCGCCUAUCUCAGCCUCCCAAGUGCUGGGAUUAGAGGCACUUGCUACCACCACCCGGCUUGAUAUUUUGUUUUGUUUUUUGAGACAAGGACUUAUGUUACCCUGGCUAGCUUCAAGUUGAAAAGGGAGUAGCCCCUUUCCUCAGCUGCCGCCAAGGUGCUCGGUCCUUCUGAGGAAGCUAAGGCUGCAUUGUGGUGAGGCCCUCACUUCAUCCAGCGACUAGCUCCGUGCGGGCAGUCCACAACAUGGCUUCUGUCUCCGAGCUCACCUGCAUCUACUCCGACCUUAUCUUGCACGAUGAGGUGAUGGUCACAGAGGAUAAGAUCAAUGCCCUGAUUAAAGCAGCUGGUGUCAAUGUUGAACUUUUCUGGCCUGGCUUGUUUGCAAAGGCUCUGGCCAAUGUCAACAUUGGGAGCCUCAUCUGCAAUGUAGGGGCUGGUGGGCCAGCUCCAGCAGCUGGAGCUGCGCCUGCUGGUGGUCCUGCUCCAUCCACCGUUGCUGCCCCAGCUGAGGAGAAGAAAGUAGAAGCAAAGAAGGAAGAAUCUGAGGAGUCCGAGGAUGACACGAGCUUUGGUCUUUUUGACUAAACUGCUUUUGUUAACAUGUCCAAUAAAGAGCUGAACCUGGGGGGUGG